UCCAGUGUUUUUCUCCACCGACAGUGUGCUGGUUUUUCCCGAGUCUCUUCACGUUCAUCGCAAAUCGGGUUUUCAACAGCAUUUGACGAGAUGGGUCGCAGAAAGUCGAAGAGAAAGCCUCCUCCCAAGAAGAAGAUGACUGGAAACCUGGACACCCAGUUUACCUGCCCCUUCUGUAACCACGAGAAAUCAUGUGAUGUUAAGAUGGAAAGAAGUCGAAAUACCGGGAUAAUAUCAUGCACUGUGUGUCUAGAAGAAUUCCAGACACCUAUAACCUAUCUCUCAGAACCCGUGGAUGUGUACAGUGAUUGGAUAGACGCUUGUGAAGCAGCCAAUCAGUAGUUUUACCAGGUCAAAUGUCAACGGAAGACCAAAAUACAUUUAAAGAUUUGUCUACUUUUAUUUUAUAGUCCUGUAAUGAUUCACUGCUCAGUCUUGACUAAGAUCGGAUGAAAUCACAGUGGAGUUUGAGGCACCUUCAGAUUGGUAGUAGUUUGAAAUGCGGCCUCUCCCCUUGUGUUCAGUGUUACGGAAAUGCUUAGAUGACGAUGCAAUGAAGAAUGAUGUUUAUUCAUUUCGAAGUAGAGAUUUCAUUUUUCAUUUCAGUUUAGAAUCGUUUAGUUUGUUGGUUUUAUUUGAUGAUUUUGGUUUUUAUAUGUCCAGUUAGUGUCAAUAAAUUUUAAUUUGCAUAGUGUCUCUGUGUAUUUGUGUACAUUUCUGUUUGCUGGAAUU